AUGUUGCCGGCCUUUCAGUCAGGGUAUAUAUCGAUCCUUUACAGCGUGGGAUCACACCCUCUGCAGCUUUGGGCGCGAAGGGAAGGUGGGGGUUCCUCCAUUACCAAAAAACGUGACGACGCAUUGGGAACCACAGCCAUUGAACUGAGGGGCCCUGUUCCCGCCUGCCACAUUUGCUGCCCCCCAGACCCUGAGAAGGCCUUGGGAGUCACUUUGCCCGUAAUAGUCCUCCUCGUUAAAAACCUAAACAAACUCUUUUCGUUUGAAGUGCAGACCGUUGACAGCAAGGGUGUCAAGCGGAGAUUCAGAGCGUCCAACUUCCAGAAGACGGCCCGAAUUAAGCCGUACCUCUGCACGAUGCCUCUGCGGAUGGACUGCGGUUGGGUCUACGUACACCUCAAUUUGGCCGACUUAACACGGAAGGCAUUCGGCACCAACUAUGUCCAAACCAGUCGAGUUCAAGUGCAUGCAAACUGCAGACUAAAGAGAAUAUUCUUCGCAGAGUACCCCUUUAGAGAGGACCAGCUUCCUGAGGAGCUCAGACUGCCUAUAGAGGACAUUACGUCGUGA